AUGAUAAACAGCUGCGAGGCGAGGAUGGUUAGCACUGCAGCAUCAGACUGUUGUUCUACGUUGGGGUUUUUGUUUGCUUCUCGAGGGUCCACACAUAUAUCACAACUUAAAGCAGAAGCAGUGGAACCUGGUUGCAUUUUUCAUACACAAUGGAUUACUGUUACUUUAAGGACGGGCCACUAAGGGAAGAAAGAUCCUGAUUUAGGGAUAACAGGAGCACCGGAUGAACAACUUCAAGAUUGGAAAAGAGACUUUAUGGACAGGUCAAUGGCUACGUUGAGCUGAAACCGCCCCCCUUCUACUCCCUGCCCGCUCCAGUCCAAACAUGAACUCUUCUUCUGAUGCGAACCAAAGUGGUUCUCCCCCGUUCUGCCUGCUGGGCUCCGUGGGUUACUCCCGCAGCCUGGAUACCUGCGUGCUGGAGGUGGUCAUCAUCCUUUUCCUCACUGUGCUCAUCAUUGCUGGCAACCUGGUGGUGAUCUUCGUCUUCCACUGCGCCCCAUUGCUGCACCACCACACCACCAGCCACUUCAUCCAGACCAUGGCGUACGCCGACCUGCUGGUGGGGGUCAGCUGCCUGGUGCCCUCGCUGUCCCUCCUCCACUACCUCCGAGGCCUGAAUGAGGAGCUCACCUGCAAGGCCUUUGGCUACAUGGUUUCUGUGCUGAAGAGCGUCUCCAUGGCCUCGCUUGCGUGUAUCAGCGUGGACCGCUACAUCGCCAUCACCCGUCCACUGUCCUACGCAACAUUGGUGACGCCAUGCCGACUGAGAGUGUGCAUCGUCCUGAUCUGGGUUUACUCUGCUCUGAUCUUCUUGCCAUCCUUCUUUGGCUGGGGGAAGCCAGGAUACCAUGGGGACAUAUUUCAGUGGUGCGCAGACUCUUGGAAGACCAACCCAGGGUUCAGCACCUUCAUCGCGGCGCUGCUCUACGCACCAGCAGCGCUCACCGUCUGCUUCACCUACGGGAGUAUAUUCCGGAUAUGCAGGCAGCACACAAGAGAGAUCACCCAACGGCAUGCCCGCUUCAGCUCGCAGGUGGAGGGCGAUAAAGGCGAGCGGGGGGAGCGGUGUGAAGGGUGCCCGGACAAACGCUACGCCAUGGUGCUGUUCCGCAUCACCAGCGUCUUCUACGUGCUGUGGAUGCCGUACAUCCUUUACUUCCUCUUGGAGAGUGCUGGGCUGUAUCACCAUAAGGUGGCAUCCUUCCUUACAACAUGGUUGGCAAUAAGCAACAGCUUCUGUAACUGUCUCAUCUACAGCCUCUCAAACAGCGUCUUCCGGAAAGGUCUGGGCCGCCUCUUUAGCCCGUUGUUCCCCUCCUGUCUCGGCUGCAUGGAGGCCAAAAAGGCGCCAGUUAUUGGCCCCCGGGCAAACACCCGAUGUCAAGUGUGA